AAACCUGCCUUCUCACGUGACCACUGGGUGUCAACACCCGCAUAGGUCUUCUGCCUCCUCGCCAGCCCGGGGCCCCAGGGUGGAGUGGAGCCCCAGAUCAGCGAUAGUCUCCCAGGGCCUGGGGCCGCGACCCGCGAUGGCGCCGCUGGCCGCGCUCGUCUGCUGCCUGCUGGGCGCCUGGCACUGCCGCCCCGGCCUCGGACUGCCUCUGGCUCCCGCUCCGGCGGUGGGACAGUUUUGGCAUGUGACUGACUUACACUUAGACCCCACUUACCACAUCACAGAUGACCACACAAAAGUGUGCGCUUCCUCCAAAGGCGCAAAUGCCUCCAAUCCUGGCCCUUUUGGAGAUGUUCUAUGUGAUUCUCCUUAUCACCUCAUUUUGUCAGCAUUUGAUUUUAUUAAAAAUUCAGGACAAGAAGCAUCUUUUAUGAUAUGGACAGGGGAUAGCCCACCUCAUGUUCCAGUGCGUGAACUGUCAACAGACACAGUCAUAAAUGUGAUUGCUAAUAUGACAACCACUGUCCAGACUCUCUUUCCGAAUCUCCAGGUUUUCCCUGCACUGGGUAAUCAUGACUAUUGGCCACAGGAUCAACUGCCUGUGGUCACCAGCAAGGUGUACAAUGCAGUAGCAAGCCUCUGGAAACCAUGGCUGGAUGAGGAAGCUAUUAGUACUUUAAGGAAAGGUGGCUUUUAUUCACAGAGAGUUUCCACUAAUCUGAACCUUAGGAUCAUCAGUCUCAACACAAACCUGUACUAUGGCCCAAAUAUCAUGACCCUGAAUAAGACUGACCCAGCAAAUCAGUUUGAAUGGCUAGAAAAUACACUGAACAUCUCUCAGCAAAACAAGGAGAAGGUGUACAUCAUAGCUCAUGUUCCAGUGGGGUACCUGCCUUCUUCAAGUAGCAUCACAGCAAUAAGAGAAUACUAUAAUGAGAGAUUGAUAGAUAUUUUUAGAAAAUACAGUAGCAUUAUUGCAGGACAAUUUUAUGGACACACUCAUAGAGAUAGUAUUAUGGUUCUUUCAGAUAAAAAAGGAAAUCCAAUAAAUUCUUUGUUUGUGGCUCCUGCUGUUACUCCAGUGAAGAGUGUUUCAGAAAAACAGACCAACAAUCCUGGUGUCAGACUGUUUCAGUAUGAUCCUCGUGAUUAUAAGUUAUUGGAUAUGCUGCAGUAUUACUUGAACCUAACAGAUGCUAAUCUAAAGGGAGAAUCCAAUUGGAAGCUGGAGUAUAACCUGAUCCAGGCCUAUGACAUUGAAGAUUUGCAGCCAAAAAGUUUGUAUCAAUUAGCCAAACAAUUUGCGAUCCUAGCCAGUAAACAGUUUAUAAAAUACUACAAUUACUUCUUUGUGAGUUAUGACAGCAGUGUAAUUUGUGAUGGGAAAUGUAAAGCCUUUCAGAUUUGUGCAAUUAUGAAUCUUGAUGUUAUUUCUUAUACAGAUUGCCUCAAGCAAUAUUAUAUAAAGCACAAUCUGUAGUAUUUCACAGUUUGUAUUCAUAGAAAAUGUAACAUUGCUCUGUUUCUGAGAUCAGUUUGUGGAAAUUGUUAUGCAAAUCUUUGUGAGUUACUGAGUGGGAAAGAAAAAUUCCUGUCUUUGCUUUUUUAUGGUCCCAAAUAUAGAUAUUUUUAACAGUUUAAAUUUUUAUUGUAUCGAAUAUAUUUAAACUGCCCAUUACUAGAAUGAUGUUUGGAUGUAAAUACCAUAUCUUCCAAUUUAUAUAAUUAUAUCUAAUUUAUACUCUUGUUGAAAUUGUCAUUUAUACAAUAAAACAAAUUACUUUUCCCUAA